UCUAGUGCAGUGGACUGUAUAGCCGGAGCCCAGGGCUGUCAGUACUUGGCCAGCCGGGUCCUUCGAUCGAGUGCACCGGUGCUAUGGCUGCCCCACCGCAGCUACAGGCUCUUCUCCAGGCUGUCAACAAGUUGCUGCGCCAGCGCCGCUACCACGCUGCGCUGGCCGUGAUAAAGGGCUUCCGGAACGGCGCUGUCUAUGGAGUCAAAAUCCGGGCACCUCAUGCACUCGUGAUGACCUUUCUCUUCAGGAGUGGCAGCCUCCGAGAGAAGCUGCAGGCCAUUCUGAAAGCCACGUACACCCACUCUCGAAACCUCGCCUGCUUUGUGUUUGCCUAUAAGAGUCUCCAUGCCCUACAGUCCCACGUGCAAGGCGAGACACACCAGAUGCACACUUUCCUGGCUGCCUUCAUCGGAGGACUCCUGCUGUUUGGGGAGAAUAAUAACAUUAACAGCCAGAUCAACAUGUACCUGACGUCGCGUGUCCUGUUUGCCUUGUGCCGCCUGGGUGUGGAGAAGGGCUACCUCCCUACGCUCAAGUGGGACCCGUUCCCCUUGCACACGGCAGUGAUUUGGGGGCUUGUGCUGUGGCUUUUCGAGUAUCACCGGCCCACUCUGCAGCCCUCACUGCAGUCCUCCAUGACCUACCUCUACGAGGACAGCAACGUGUGGCAUGACAUCUCUGACUUCCUCAUCUUCAACAAGAGCCGCCCCUCCAAGUAACACAGUCCACGGUGCUUCAGAACUCCUCCGCCCAGACAGCUUCCAGGCAGCGGCCCGCUGCUGCUCGGGGUACGGUUCUACUGGCACCCCCUCUUUGAGGAUCCUGCUUUCUCACAGUCGUGGACCUCACACUCCAACCCGUAUUAUCCCUGGCUCCUGUCUGCAGAAGCAGAAGUCCUGAGUUUUACACCUCCCAGGUACUUUUGAACACUACAGCAAGCGGCCGGGUCCCAUGAAGGAGUCUGGGGCUUGAUUCCAGAUGCUCUUCAACUUCUGGAAGGCCAGGGCAAGUUCACCCCUCUCUAGGCUUCAGGUCAUUCAGUUCAGGGGAGGACCUUAGAGGACAGUGUCUCCCUGGUGGAUAUGGUGACCCUCCCCUCUACUGAGGGCUCCUUGCUAGUGGGCAGUAGGUUACAAAUACUUUGAAAGAAAAAAAAAUAACUAAAUUCUUCGUCUAAGUUAUUCUGUUAAGUUCUGGAGCCCCGCUGUCCGAUAGGAACACAACAUGAGCCAUGUGUACAACCAAGGUUUUUCAAGAGCACAGGGCCUGUGCCAGGCUUGUGUGAGACCCUGGGUCCUACCGCCAGCACUGGGAAUAAAAUUUCUAGUGACCACAUUUUUGAGAUGCAUUAAGAAGGCUAUGGCAGUAGGGUUGUGAGCUCCAGGCCAGGCUGGGAUGCAUUUAAAAAAAAAAAAAACCC